AGUGAGGGCUUUGAGCCUGAGCCCGAAUCGCCGGGAGCCACGGAUGUCGAUUUGACUUUGGAUCGGCGGCGGUGAUUUCAAACCUCAAGACGAUGUCCGACGCGCAAUACACCGCACCGCACCAGUGCUUCAAAAUGAACACAGUUUCCCUUGCGGGCGCACCAAGGCCACGACUCCUCAGUUUGACCCGGCGACCUGGGAGACCGGGGGAGGAAACGAAAUACGACGCCCGCGGGGGGCGGUGCUCCCCUGCUUCGCUCGGAUUUUAUCAGAUCCCCAGAACUUCCAUGCCGGGGCCAGCCUUACACCCCCAGACGAAGGUUCGUGCUGGCUGGUUGACGGAGGCGAUGAUCACUCGGCAUGCUUACGAAGCUCAAACGGCGUCGGCCACCGAUAAAUCCCGUGGCCGAAGGUCCCGUCUGAAAUCUCCGUCGGGCAACGACAUGAAACCAGUGGCUGGGGGAGUGACAGAUUUCACUUUGAUGACCCAAACUGUGAACUACGAACGACUCCGUACUCAAGAGUCAAAUGUCAAAUCCUAGACAACACGGCACGAGAUAGCUUACCUGUCCUCACCCGUCCUCGCCCCUGGAUCUCAACGGUUGCCACAUUCCACCGCGUGAGGUCAUUCCUGGUCUAUUUCGCCUCCCCCUGGCCGCUGCGCCCCUCGGUUUCCUGUUUGCUCCCCAGAUGAGCGCUGCACGUGGAUCGGCGGGUGCAAGGGGCAGU